AUGAAAAUUGCACGAACAAAGAAUGGUAUUUCAGUUUCUCAAAGGAAGUACACUCUGGAUUUACUUCAAGAAACAGGUAUGCUUGGAUGCAAAGCUGCCAAUACUCCCAUAGAACAAGUAAAAAGGAGUGAAGAUGAGAAUUUACCAGCUAAUAAAGAUAGAUAUCAAAGUCUAGUCGGAAAACUAAUCUAUCUAACUCACACCAUACCGGUCAUUAGUUUUGCUGUAAGCAUGGCUAGUCGUUAUAUGUCAAAUCCAACUGAAACUAACAUGAGAAAUGUGAACAAAACUCUCCAAUACCUGAAAGGUACGCCAGGCCGAGGACUUUAUUUUCAAAAGAACUCAAAUAGAGGCAUUGAAGUCUACACCGAUUCUGAUUGGGCAGGAUGUUUAUCUGACAGGAAAUCAACUAUAGGCUACUGCACAUUUGUAUGGGGUAAUAUGGUAACUUGGAGAAGAAAGAAACAAUCUGUUGUGGCUAGGAGUAGCGCAGAAGCAGAAUUUAGAGCUAUGUCACAAGGUAUUUGUGAAGGAAUUUGGCUUAAGUGA